UUUUUUUUCUUCCCCAAAUAUAGUGCUUUUUACCCAGCAUUCCAUUGCAUUGUGGGUUGCUCUGUUCAGGUCUUCAAAUCAGUGAUUGCGCUAGUAAAAAUUAAGCAUUUAUUUUCAAAAGCUUAAGAAUAUUAAAAGAAAUCCGUAUUAUGAUUUUUAAGGUAGGCUGGUUUAUAUUUCCACUCAGUUCUAAAUACUGAUUAUCACACUAUUCUGUGUUUUACUGGUCAUUUUCAUAAGAAGAAAAAUGUGUUAUAAUCACAAAAUCGGUUGUGAUUAGGAGCUUCUUUAAAAAUUGGUUAUCAUGGAAAAGCAAGCAAUUUGGGAGGAGCAAGUUCAACUUUUGGGAGCUAGGGAAUGCUUACUUCUCCUUACUGUGGUUACUGAGAUCAGAAACUCAAAAGGAAGCAUUUUAUUGCCCUAAGUGCCCACCCUUGCCUGGGAGAUGCGGUGAUGCUCAUAUGCUGUGUUUGGCCACAUUUCCCAGUCCAAGUUCAAGGAAAAGAUUGGAUCAAAUCUAUGCUUAAUCCCAGCAAAAGGGAAUUUUCUUUUUUUGUUGGGGAGCAGAGGGGAGGGACCCCCUAAUCAUCUGCCUAAUUACACUUCAAAUCUCUGCUUCCCUUUGAGGAAAUAGUGUUUCCUUUGUUCAACCAACUCCCAUUGAAGGAAAGCUAAUAGAGACACAUCAGUUUUCUUGCCAUUGAAUUUUUUAUUAUUUCCACAGUCCUUUUAAUUCCAUUAAUUUUUGUCUUUUCUGAAGAGAUGUAAGAUACAUAUUUGGAAUAUAGUAUCUUAUUAAAAUAUAUUAACUGUGGAUAAUGGGGGAAUGUAAACAUUAAGAAAAUAUAUAGUUGGUUAUGUUUAGUAGCCCAUCACUUAUUAGACUGUAGUAUGAAAAAAUUGGCAAGUACCUUGACUCUUAUUCUACAGUCUAAUAGUCUGUUCAUAUCAAAGCAAGUGCCUCCUCCCACAGAUCAUUCUGAGGCUCAGGCCAACAAGGUCUUUCCUGCCCUCUUAGGUGGUUUGGGAAGUUUGCUGCACGAAAUCAUUGAUCUCCCAAUGCAUACUGACAGCAACAAGAAUUGGAAAACUGACAGAAGAUGAUAAUUGCUAUUUAUCUGUUUUCUCUUUAGAGUGCCCUAAACAAGGGAAGUCAGAGUCACAUGGAGUUCACAUUUCAUUGUGAUACUCUGGGUAUUUUUUUGAAAGGUUUGCUAGUUUUGAUAUAGCUUCUAGGCAUUAAGAAAUGAAGCGAUCCAGGAAACAUACCACUUGUGCAAGAAAGGCAGUAGUUGUUACGUCCGUUGGUAGAAGCGAGCCUGGUCUGUACAGCACAAUGCAAAAUGAAAAUUUGGCAAAAUUUUAGCAAAUUGAUUGGUGUGAAAUGCCAAGCAGAUAAACAGGUGAAAAUGUGUUAUCCAGAUUGGCUCUUCGCUUUGAUGAAAUUCAGCAAAGAACAAACUCUCCACUUAAGCAUGUGUUAAUAAAGAUAAGAGGCUUGGUGUUUUGCAAAGAUAAUCUGGUGUUGAGCACCCCUGAAUGUUCUUAACAGGUGCACUAUAAUGUAACAAAAGGGACACGUACAAUUACAAAUUACUUCCCCAGGGAAAAUUAGAGUGUUCCCUAUUUUCUUUUCACUUACAAAGUUUGACUUCUUAGAAUGGUUUUGCCGUAGCAUGAUUACUAUUUUAUAAAUCACAUUGAACAGAGGCAUCAUUUUUUUGAGAUUCUAAUUUCAGGUGUUUUUGGAAAAAAAAAAAAUUCACAGUUUGGAUGUGAGAAAGGACAUGAGGAGACCAAAGACCUGGGAUUUUGCUGAUCAGAAUGAAACAAAUGUUGAAAGACUUUUCAAAUCUAUUGUUGGUGGUACUCUGUGACUGUGUUCUUGGAGAAGCUGAACAUCUCCUCUUGGGAAAGCCGGGCCAUGUAGCGCUAAGCAACAGCACAGUGUCUGUGGAUUUCCAGUAUUUCAGUGGUGCUAAUGGGAUGCUGAGGAAUGUAUCUAUCCUGUUGUUGGAGGCCAACACCAAUCAGACUGUGACCACCAAAUACCUCCUGACCAACCAGUCCCAGGGCACACUCGAGUUUGAAUGCUUCUACUUCAGGGAGGCUGGAGACUAUUGGUUCACGAUGACUUGGGAAGCGGCAGACAACAGCACUCCAGUGGACUGGCGGGAGCAAAGUGCCUUUCUCAAGGUGGAAUGGCCCGUCUUUCACAUCACCUUGAAUAGGACGUCCCAGGCGGCAGAAGGCACCUUCCAGGUGGGCCUUUUUACCAAUCAACCCCUGUGCUCCUUCCCGGUGGACCAGCCUGACAUCUCGGUGGACGUGGUCUUUACCAAUAGUCUGCCCGCGGCGAGAACAAGUCCAGGUCAGCCGCUGGAGAUCAGAACCAGCAAGAGGACAGAACUCUCUCAAGGUCAGUGGGUUGAGUUUGGCUGUGCCCCUGUGGGGCCCGAAGCCUACGUCACGGUGGUGCUGAAGCUGCUUGGCCGAGACUCGGUCAUUACCUCCACGGGACCCAUUGACCUGGCCCAGAAAUUUGGAUACAAACUGGUGAUGGCGCCGGAACUCACGUGUGAGUCUGGGGUGGAGGUCAUGGUGCUCCCUCCACCAUGCAUCUUCGUCCAAGGAGUGAUCACGGUCUUCAAGGAGGCCCCCAGACGUGCUGGGGAAAGGACCAUUCAGCUGGCUGAAAACAGCCUGACCUUGGGAGAGAGGAGAACCGUAUUCAACUGCACUUUGUUUGACAUGGGGAGGAAUAAAUACUGCUUUGACUUUGGCGUUUCAAGCAGAAGCCAUUUUUCCGCAAAGGAGAGGGAGUGCAUGCUAAUUCAGAGAAAUAUAGCUUUCCAGCCAUCCAGCGCGUCUCCUCUUCCGCCCCAGGGUCCGGGGAAGUCCAACAACAUCGUGACCGUCACUGGGAUUUCGCUGUGCUUGUUCAUCAUCGUCGCCACCGUCCUCAUCACGCUGUGGAGGAAGUUCGGCCGCGCCCCCAAAUGCAGCACGCCGGCCCGGCACAACUCCAUCCACUCCCCAGGCUUCCGGAAGAACUCGGACGAGGAGAACAUCUGCGAGCUGAGCGAGCAGCGCGGGAGCUUCUCGGACGCGGGCGACGGGCCCGCGGGGCGCCCCGGGGACGCGGGCAUCCCCCUGACGUACAGGCGCAGCGGGCCGGUGUCCCCGGAGGACGACGCCUCGGGCAGUGAGAGCGUGCAGUCCAACGCCCAGAAGAUCAUCCCGCCGCUGUUCAGCUACCGCCUCGCCCAGCAGCAGCUGAAGGAGAUGAAGAAGAAGGGCCUGACGGAAACCACCAAGGUGUACCACGUGUCUCAGAGUCCCCUGACGGACACGGCCAUCGACGCGGCCGCCGUCCCCGCCCUGGACGUGGAGAGCCCCGAAGAGGCUGCAGCCAACAAGUUCCGGAUCAAAUCCCCGUUCCUGGAGCAGCCAGCCGUGGGUGCCGCGGCCAGGCCCCCCUGCAGGCUGGACCUCCCCGUCUGUCGCGCCAGUUGUGCCGUCAGCCCCAGCCAGACGGUGAUCCGCAAGUCGGCCAUGAGGCACGUGGGCGGCAGAGGGGCGCCGCCGGAGAGGAGCCACCCCAGGGGCUCCCACUUCAGGAGGACAGCGAGCUUUCACGAAGCCAAGCAGGCCCGGCCGUUCCGGGAGAGGAGCAUGUCCACCCUGACUCCACGGCAGGCUCCGGCCUACAGUUGCAGGACGCGGACCUGGGAGCAGGCGGAAGACCGAUUUCGGCCUCAGAGUCGAGGCGCUGCCGCGUUUCCUGAGAAACCGGACCAUUCCCAAGGGGCAGGUGCAACCAGGGGUCCAUUAAGCCCUCCCCCUAAAUCCUACACCCUGGGGCAGCCCGCGAGGAAACCAGACCUCGGGGAUUGCCAGGCAGGAUUCGUGGCAGGAGGUGAGAGAGCGGAGCCUCCCAGAGCUCGGAGGGGCCCGUCCCCCAGUCACAGGAGUGUCCCAAGGAAGCAGCCGUCCCCCACGGCCCCCAAAGAUAGCUACCAGAGGGUCAGCCCUCUGAGCCCGUCUCAGUGUAGAAAAGACAAGUGUCAGAGCUUCCCAGCCCACCCCGAGUUCGCCUUCUAUGACAAUACAUCCUUCGGCCUCACUGAGGCAGAGCAGAGGAUGCUGGACCUCCCCGGCUAUUUUGGGUCAAAUGAAGAGGAUGAAACCACAAGUACACUCAGUGUGGAGAAGCUGGUCAUCUAGACCCAGAUCAACCUGAGACUUCACACAACUGGGGUCCUUUGCCCAGCUCCUGGUAUCAGCUGCUCACAGUGUUCUGUGGACUGAAUUAUGUAGCUAUUUGUACAUUAGGAUUGGGUGGGGAGGAGGUAACUAAAGUGUGUGUAUGUGUUUUAAUUCAUAAGGAAGAAGUUACUUAUCCUGAACUUUCCCCUUUGUUAUCCCAGUUCUCUUGGCUUAUUACUAAUAAGUACAAUAAUAAAAUUUAAAC